AUGUUUAAUAAACUGAAAGCAAGAUUCACCAAAGUGAAGCAAAAACCAGAGGAGGAAAAGUCCAAGGAUGAAGAGGCCCCUCCUAACCCACCACCCCAACAGCCGCCACCCACAGGGCAGGGUGAAAAUAAAAACAAAAAUGAGCCACAGAAAGGCGAGACUGCUAAUACUGCACAACCAGAACCAAAGCAACAAGGCCCAUCAACCUCGGCUGGCUGCAAUACCUCCUCAGCUCGCCCACACUGGAGCGGAAGCCUGAAACACCAUACCUUCCUGGAUCAUUCCAAAAGGAAGCGCUUCCAUGUUGAAUUUAUGAUUGAAGUUCUGGACAGGACCAACAACCAGGUCCACUCAUCUCAAGGCCGUGUUGUAAAUGAGUAUACUGAAGCCCAGCUGCAAGAGAUUGUCAAAAAAAUGAGGGCAAGGACAUCAGCCUAUAAAGAAAAACUGACUGACCCACUACAGUCCUCUCCUGAGAGCAGCCCUACAACUUCUCCAUCUAAAAAGAAGCCUCCGCCUCCACCCCCACCAAAAGAAGAGAAAAAAGAUGAAGAAAAAAAAGAGGAAGGUGAUGCCAAGCCAGAGGAUCAUUACUGUGACAUGCUGUGCUGUAAAUUCAAGAAACCACCAUUGAAAGAAUACCUGAAGAAGAUGGAGCUACCAGACAGUAUAGAUGCAUACACAGAUCGCCGCUAUGUAGUGUGGCUCCUGAUUGUUACCAUUGCUUAUAACUGGAACUGCUGGUUCAUUCCACUGCGCUGUGUGUUCCCAGUACAAACACCAAGCAACAUAUUCUAUUGGAUCCUCAUAGACACCAUUUGUGAUAUUUGCUACUUGUGUGAUCUGUUGGUGUUCCAGCCCCGAAAGCAAUUUGUAAAAGGUGGCGAUAUAAUAUCAGACAAAGUAGAAAUGAAGAAACACUACCAGAAAUCUCUGAGGUUUCGGCUUGAUGCGGCAUCAGUAAUACCAGCUGAUGUUUUAUACUUCAUCUUUGGAUUUAACCCAGUGUUUAGAGCAAACAAGCUGUUAAAGCAUAUGGCCUUCUUUGAGUUCAAUGACCGGUUGGAAGCUAUCCUGGAUAAAGCAUACAUCUACAGAGUCAUUCGAACAACUGGAUACCUGCUGUUUAUCUUGCACAUUAAUGCAUGUAUUUAUUACUGGGCUUCAGAUUUUGAAGGAAUUGGCAGCACCAGAUGGGUGUAUGAUGGCAAAGGAAAUAUGUAUCUGAGGUGUUACUACUGGGCAGUGCGCACUUUAAUUACCAUUGGUGGUCUUGCAGAACCGCAAACCCUCUUUGAGAUAAUCUUUCAGCUACUGAAUUUUUUCACGGGUGUCUUUGUGUUCUCCAGCUUAAUUGGUCAGAUGCGGGAUGUAAUUGGAGCAGCUACAGCAGGACAGAAUUACUACCGUGCCAACAUGGAUAACACCGUCUCUUACAUGAACACCUAUACAAUUCCAAAAGUAGUUCAGAAUCGUGUUCGAAGGUGGUACGAAUACACAUGGGACUCUCAAGGAAUGCUGGAUGAAUCAGAAUUACUGGAGCAGAUGCCAACCAAAAUGCAGUUAGCCAUUGCAAUUGAUGUGAACUUUGCCAUUGUCAAUAAAGUUGACUUAUUCAAAGGGUGUGAUACUCAAAUGAUUUACGACAUGCUGCUGAGACUGAAAUCCAUUGUGUAUUUACCUGGUGACUUUGUCUGCAAAAAGGGAGAGAUUGGCAGAGAGAUGUACAUCAUCAAGCAGGGAGAAGUUCAAGUUCUUGGAGGCCCAGAUGGUACAAAAGUCCUGGUUACCCUGAGAGCAGGAGCUGUAUUUGGAGAGAUAAGCCUAUUAGCGGCAAGUGGAGGAAAUCGGCGGACCGCUAACGUGGUAGCACAUGGAUUUGCCAAUCUCUUUAUUCUAGACAAGAAGACUCUCAAUGAAAUCUUGGUGCAUUAUCCAGACUCGGAAAAGCUCCUGAUGAAGAAGGCUAAGGUGCUGCUCAAGGAGAAGGGUAAGCCCGCUGAAGGGCCACAAGUGCAAACAAAAGGCUUGUCCAGUCUCUUUGCAACAAAACCAGAAACUCCCAAACUAUUCAAAGCAAUGUUUGGAAGGACAGGAAAAGGAGGCCUAGCUAUGCUGCUCAAGAUGAAGAGACAGCAAGCUGUUCAGGAAAAAACUGAAGAAAAGAAACCUGAGCCAGAGGAAAAGAAACCUGAGCGAGCACCAGAACCCACAGCCCCACCUAAACCAUCUGUGCAAAUGGAAGAGCCAGGUGAAAAUUUUCAACCUCCACCUAAACCGGUUCUGCUCAGAGGAACCACUAACAAGUCCCUUAUCAUCAGCAUGGCUCCUUCCCCCAUAGCAGAAGGAGGAGAGGUUCUAACUGUUGAGGUCAAAGAAAAGAGACAGGAGUAG